AUGGAUGCAGACGAGGCGCUUCGCCUAAUACAAGACGCGGACCAAGCAGAUCUCCCAGUAGAGGAUAUCGCUUGCUCUUCAGGCGACGAGGUAGGCGACUCGGACAACGAUUUUAUUUCGUCUGACGAGGAAGAUCGCCUGAAUGACGAUCUCUUUUCCGACUUGGAGCAAAUAGGAUCCGAUUCGGCUGACGAUAUCGCUAUUCCUGUUCCCGUCGCUGCUCGUGGACGUGGCGCUGGACGAGGCAGAGGCCAAGCAGGAUUUCAUCCUCUGCCUGCGACGAGGGACUACUGGCGCGUUACGUCGUUGUACAACGGAAACUAUGCACGCUGCAUGAUUCGAACCUACCGGAGGUACUUAGCGCUGAUGUGCUUCAUCAAGAUUGUGGACUUCAGGGCAGAGGAUAUAAAUGAUCGACUUCGUAAGGUGCGAUACCUUCACGACCAUCUGCAGGCGGCCUGCAAGCGUUUGUUCAUCCCUGGCAAGUGCGUUAGUGUUGACGAGCGCAUGGUCAAGUGCAAGGGACGCGCUCCUUUUACGCAGUAUAUGCCCAAAAAGCCCGUCAAAUGGGGCUUCAAGGUCUUCGCUGCCUGCGACGCCCAAAGCUCCAUUGUUGUAAACUUUGAAGUUUACACAGGCCAGCAACCUGGAGGUGAAAAUGGCCUGACUCAUGCUGUGGUGAUGCGGCUGGUCAGUGACGUGCGCGCCGGAAGUGUGAUCUACACGGACAAUUUUUACACUUCCGAAACCCUGGCCACAUCUCUUCGUACCAAGCAAAUAUCGUUGGUUGGCACCGUCCGCGCGAACCGCACUGGAUUUCCAGCCGUAUUGCGGACCGACAUGAAACAGUUCGAGAAACAUGCAGAGCGAGGUGCAACACGCUAUGUUCGCAACGGAGAUCACCUGUACCAGCAAUGGAAGGACAAGCGGUGUGUGUCAAUGUACAGCAACAUACAUCAGGGCCAUGAGCAUGACACAGUAACAAGAAAUGUCAAGAUUGAUGGUGCACACCAGCAAAUGGAAGUGCAGAGGCCAAUGUGCAUCAGAGACUACAACAGCAGCAUGGGUGGAGUCGACACGUUCGAUCAGCUGAUCGAAACGCACCGUGUGCUUCGCAAAACGAAGAAAUACUGGAAGAGUCUCUUCUUGGAUAUGGUCGACGUGUGCGCUGUCAAUGCAUACCGCCUCUUUCACUUGUGGCAGAGCCAGCAUCCAGGGGUGAUAAGUCGACGAUGCAACUUGCAGCACUCGGAUUUCCGCUGUAACCUCAUCCGGCAGCUGUCAUCGAUUGAUGAGCAUGCACCGCCACCGAAGCGCUCGUAUCGCCCAGUGCCUGUUCCGCAGGAUGUCCAGGUUCCUGUUGCUCAGCUUCACAUACCUGGAGUGAGGAAAAGGAAGAACUGCAGAAACUGCACAGAAGUGGGUAACAAGCAGCACCAGUGUGUAACCUACUGCACUACGUGCGAUGUUCACCUCCACAUCACGAGCGACCACGACUGCUACGCCGCUUACCAUGCACGCCACUUCCCGUGA